UGUGGAGGAGCUGGCGGCGGCGCGUGCGAGACUGCAGCAAGAGCGAGGACCUGAUCUAUGGGAGCCAUCACCACAGGGAGUCCAUCCACAUACUCCGCCGGAAGCAGGGAGCGAGAGCAGGGAUGGGAACGAGCAUGGGUCGGUCAAGAGGAUGCUGAGCUCGGUGUAUGGCUUGCCGCUGGCAUCGGGCUGGUGCAUGGCUGAUGAGGCGGUGAGGCAGCUGCUGCCGCCGCUGAGCUGGCUGCCAAAGACAAGCCGGGCGUCGAUGUCGGGUGAUGUCAUUGCGGGGCUUACGCUUGGGAUCAUGCUCAUUCCGCAAGCGAUGGCGUAUGCGCUACUCGCAGGCCUCCCCCGCAGUAUGGCCUCUACACUGCCGUCUUUCCGCCGCUCAUCUACGUGGCGCUGGGGACGACGCCGGUGCUCUCGCUCGGCCCGUUUGCACUCAUCUCGCUGCUGGUGGCCGAGUCUGCGCCUGCGGUGGCAAAUGCUUCCACCGGGCCGGAGUACAUCGAGGCGGUGACGCUGUUGUCGCUCCUCACCGGGCUGGUUCUCUGCGUCUUUGCGCUCCUCCGCAUGGGCUUUGUCACGGUCUUCCUCUCGCCGGUCCUCGUCUCGGGAUUCACGACUGCCGGCGCGGUCCUCAUCGCCACUUCGCAGCUCAAGCAUGUGUUCCAGGUCCAUCCACCGCCGUACGACGGAUUCUUUGACCCAGUGCGGACAUGGGUGUGGAUUGCACGGCACUUGGGCGAGACCAACGUUGCGUCACUUGUCCUCACGCUCGCCGCGUGCAUCCUGCUGGUGGGCAUCGACUUUGUCAACAAGAGGUUCAAGGGCAAGCUCCCCAUCCCGAUUCCGGCGCAGUUUGUGGUGCUUGGCCUCGGCCUGCUCGCAUCAUACGCGCUUGACCUCGAGCACCGGUUCGACGUCUCUGUUGUCGGCACCAUUCCGGCCGGCUUUCCGGCGCCGCGGGUUCCGACGCUGAGCGGCGAGCAGAUCGAAGCGGCGCUGGUGCCGGCGACAGUGCUGGCGGUUGUCUCGUUUGCCGUCUCGAUCUCGAUUGGCAAGACGUUUGCCAAGGAGGUGGGAUAUGUUGUGCGGCCGAACCAGGAGCUGCUUGGCCUCGGGGUCUCGAACGUUGUUGGCUCGGUGUUCUUCUGCUACCCGGCGUGCGGCUCGCUCUCGCGGUCAGUAGUGACUGCCGGUGCCGGCGGAGUGACGCCGGUCAACGCUCUGCUCUCGUCUGCGGUGGUGGCGAUUAUUGUGGCGUUUGCCACCAAGCCGUUUGAGAUCACGCCGCAGGCCGUCCUCGCCGCCAUCAUUCUCGUCGCGCUCAAGCGGCUGUUUCUCCAGGCCCGUGAGCUACCGGCGCUGUUCAAGGUCAAGAAGGCCGACGGCCUGGUCUGGGCCUUUGUCUUUGUGGCGGUGCUCGGUCUGGGAGUCUCUAACGGCCUUGUCGCCGGCGUACUUUUCUCGCUCGCCGUGGUGGUGUACAAGCAGCUGCGGCCAUACACGGCGGUGCUGGGCCGGUUCCGCGGAACGCGCAACUACGGGCCGGUGGCGCGGUUCGGCGCCGAGACGAGCGAGUGGCCGCGCAUCAAGGUUGUCUUCUACGGCGCCGAUCUCUUCUACGGCAACGUCGGGCGGCUGGCGUCGUCCAUCGAUGCCUUUGUCGAUGAAGCCAUCACCGACUACGUCGUCCUCGAUCUCUCGGCCGCCGCUGACGCCGACAUCACCGCCAUCAAGGCUCUCGCGGCGCUGCGGACCGAGUUGGCCGGCCGCGGCGUCACGCUCUUCAUCUCGCACCCGCACAAGCGCAUUCUCUCGCUCCUCGCGGCGCUCCGCCUCGACGAGCUGCCGGACGACAUCCUCUUCACCGAGACGCACGACGCGUGUCUCGCGGCGCUUGCAGCGCUCGAGUCUGCGGCAAGUGUGACACAGCAGCCACAGCAGCCGUUGCCAUCAUCAUCGCCAUCGCUUCCGCAACCUCGAGCUGUGAGCGGCCGUGUCAUCACAAACUACGGCUCGAUCCAGUAGUCAUGUCGCAGACCGCAUGCGUUGACCUGCCUCGGACAGCCUCCUGUCAAAUAGUCAACAGGUUGCAGCUACGCGCGCCCCUUUUACAGUAAGGACCGCGGGAGAGUAGCAGUGAACACCCAAGUCUUCCGG